AUGACCUACGAUAAACAGAGCAAUGGCCACCUCGCCAAACCAUUUACCCCGACCCUCAGCGCUGCAUUCAGCAGAGCGAACACCAAGUCUCCCCUGACUCCGAAACUUGCCAACCCGUCGACAGUCCGUGCUCCCAAACGGCUCGCUCCUCCAGAUCAUCCCGCAACGACCCCCGCGAGACAGAACCCCGAACCCUCUUACCUUAAUGCGAACAUCACACCGCGAUCCGGCUCGAGGAAUAGCAGACGCGAUGGGCCUAUACUCUCCGCGGGCAACACGCCCCUGCACUCUCCACAAUCCUUUGUCCAGGCAUCUCCAGCGAACGGACCAACCCCCAGGGCUUACCGCACUGAACGCAGCCCAGCUCGAAUUGGCGGGAAACUCGAACUCCCACGGACUGUAAGAGCAAAGACCUUGACCGCCGAUUUGAGCACCGCCUCUCGUCCUCACUCCACCGAGUUCUCGGCUGCGUCUCCCAUGUUCUUUCACGCUAGUGAUGCACGUUCGGUAUCGAGCUCCUCCGAUGCGGAUACCCGGUCAAGAGUAUCGGCGAAGUCGUCUUCACCUGCUACAUUCAUAUAUGCGAAUGGACAAGAGGAAAAUCAGCAUCUGGCUGAGGAAACUUCCAGACGGCGAUCGUCAGGAUUGUCCCGGCCUGCGGUUGUGUCUCGACCUACAGCUUCACCUCGGAUCAAGUCUCCCCAACUCAACGCUUCGUCUCCUCGAAUCUCUGAUAGUAUCUCUUCCGUCGGCGGACCGCACCUUGACGACUCACCUGAGAUACGUUCGCCCGUUCAUAGUCCCCCGUUAAGCACCGUCCGACCUGUGCCGGUAAUAAGCCACACCAAAUCCUCAAGCCUUGAUACUGCGCGCGGUACUCCUAUUAAGGAAACAUACGGGGAGGUCCUACGCCCAAGUUCCGUAACAGUGUCUACUUUGGACUCGCAGGUUGAAGAAAACAAUGCUUCAGACGCUCUUCCCGCUCUCAGGCCGCGCAUUUUCAGCCACGGAUCUACAAAUUCUGUGGAUAGUCACAAUGACGGAUUACAGAGUCCUGUUAAGUCAGAACAUGGAGGAAGCAGCGGACCGGUCCUCAGCGCGCGGGUUGAACGCAAGAUCUUAGAUCUAGAGAUCAGCAAUUCGUCUCUUUUGGCCAUCAACCGGACACUUGAGCGCGAAAUGAAGAAGCAGAAUGCGGAGCUACGGAGAUUUCGGCGACUUAGUCGCUCUGGCCGUCUUUCCGUGGCUCCUUCUCGGUCCGUUUCCGGUACUCUAUCAAUACCAAGCGAGAUUGAUGAAAGUGGAAGUGAAGUCUCCUCGAAUCACUCACAAGAGGAGCCGUCUGAAUUCAGCGACGAGGAGUCUAUGCUAGAUGAAAGCUCAUUAGGACCCGACUCGAUUGCCGAAGAGGACGCGAAACACGGAAACAAGGAUGAAAAACGAUUCCUCAUUGACCUGGCAAAGCACCAGGAACUCCUGUCGGACAGCCAGAAAAUGAAUCAGAGCCUCAAAAGAUGUCUUGGAUGGACAGAGGAGCUAAUCAAAGAAGCACAAAAGGCACUCGCCUACAACGUGCAUGUCAAUGAUAUCCAACUGGGCGGACGGGUUCUCAGUCCCGAUGAGUACGGGGAUGGGGAAUCCGGCCGGGGACUCCUAGCUGCCGUCUCGCCCGAAGCCGAAUUUCCUCCUAUGGAUCCUCCUGGCGAGGACUCGCCAUCGAUAUGA